AUGGCCCCCGCAAAGAGCACCAAGGACAAGUUCUCGGUCAUUCUGCCGACGUACAAUGAGAGGAAGAACCUCCCCAUCGUGGCCUGGCUGCUGAACCGCACCUUUACAGAGAACCAACUGGAUUGGGAACUCGUCAUCGUCGACGACGGCUCACCCGACGGAACACAAGACGUGGCCAACCAGCUCGUCAAGGCCUACGCCCCCCACGUCGUCCUCAAGACUCGAUCCGGCAAGCUGGGUCUCGGAACGGCCUACGUCCACGGCCUGCAGUUUGUCACGGGCAACUUUGUCAUUAUCAUGGACGCCGACUUUAGCCACCACCCCAAGUUCAUCCCCGAGAUGAUUGCCCUGCAGAAGAAGGGCGGCUACGACAUCGUCACCGGCACGCGCUACGCUGGCAACGGCGGCGUCUUUGGCUGGGACCUGAAGCGCAAGUUUGUCAGCCGCGGCGCCAACCUGUUUGCCGACACCGUGCUGCGGCCGGGCGUCAGCGACCUCACGGGAAGCUUCCGCUUGUACAAGAAGAGCGUUCUGGAAAAGGUCAUUGCGAGCACGGAGAGCAAGGGAUACACGUUCCAGAUGGAGAUGAUGGUUCGCGCCAAGGCCAUGGGCUGCACCGUUGCCGAGGUGCCCAUUUCUUUCGUGGACCGAGUGUACGGCGAGAGCAAGCUGGGCGGUGACGAGAUUGUCGAGUACGCCAAGGGAGUGUUUUCCCUGUGGCUCAAGGUCUAA